AUGCCUGGCAGAGAUCCGAAGCGUAAUCAACAGGGUAAUUAUGGUAGUUAUGGAUAUUCAAAUGCUCGAGGUGGUGGUGCGCCGCGAAAUCAUGUGAUACCAAACGAGCCUCCUUUUACGGCCUAUAUUGGUAAUGCACCUGAUUCGAUGGUCCAAGGCGAUUUCGAAACUCAUCUAUUUGUUGGUCUGAAAAUAAAACAAGUUCGAUUAGUACGUGAUCGACAAACGGAUCGAUUUCGAGGUUUUGCUUACGUGGAUUUCGAAGAUGCAGAUUCUUUACGUCGUGCAAUUGAUUUGGAUGGAACAUGUAUCAAUGAUCGUCCAAUCCGUAUUGAUGUUGCUGUUCGACCAUUGGGCGCAACAAAACCAGAAGGUUUCCGCAAGAAACCUGGUUUCGAAGCUGGCGAUAAUCGUCGUCGUAAUCCAUCAGGUAAUAGCAGUACCGUUCCACGUUAUAGUGGUCGAAGCAAUAGCAAUUACUAUCCACCAGAAACUCCACACAAUGUGGAAGACGGAUAUCAUGAUGAUUAUGCCGUUUCUGGACGCACUCGUCAACCAUCGGGCUCGACACAUCAAGUCUCGAAUGAUGAUGUUUUUAUUGCGCCUGACACUCCUGCGUCGAAUGAGGACGGUGUCGAUCAAGAAACUACGACUAUGACUCGACAACAGAGUCGAAAUUGGGCUGAUUGUCCAAUCGAUGAAUCGGUUACAGAGUCAUCUCCGCCACCAAGUGUCCAUAAUACAUUUACGAACGAUGAAUUUCAAGUCGUUCGUAACAAAAAUGUCAAAUCACAUCCAAAUCAAUAUUCUUCAUCAGGUCCCAUGGGUGGUAAUCAAUCAAGUCGUGGUCGCAAUAAUGGAAACUUCUAUCGUGGUGGUGGUGCUUCAAAAACGUCGGGCGGUCGCGGUUUCUACGACCAAUUUUCAUCUCAAUAUUCCGAUCAAUCUCAACAAUUCUACCAUUAUCAACAUGGACAUCCACCCUCUUUACAUACAGGCAUGUCCUAUCAUAUGAACAACAGUAAUAACAACAACAAUCAUUCGCAUCACCGACAACGUGUUAAUUCCAACCGUUCGAACCAGAAUAAUCGAAAUUAUGCUGAUAAUGACAAACGUUCAACUAAAGGUCUUAGCGAGAGUUCAACUGAUCAUGAUAGCACUUCCGUCUCAGCCGAAAAUCGACCACGAUUGCAAUUGUUACCUCGAUCACAAAAGCUUUCGUCUUCAACUGAUGAUAACCAAACGCCUGAACCGGUUUCAAGAAGUGCCAAUAUAUUCGGUUCUGGCAAGCCGCGCGAUGAACGUGAUCCAAAACUGAUGGAAUUAACCAAACAUAUCGAAGAAGUAGUUGAGAAAGAACAACAUGUUCCUCGAACAAAGUCAACUGCAUCUAAUGAAUCCACAGAAGGUGUUGCCAAACCGGUACGAAUCUUGACAGCAUCAACUGGCUCAUAG